UCUUGCAUGGCUUGAAUCUGUAUCAUACAGGAAGACAGCUCUUACUUAUCAAACAAACAUUCUGACCACAGUACUCUACGUUUUUCUUUUAAAAAAAGAACAGCAAACAGAAGCUGAAGUUGAGGUGUCUUUCUUGUCUGACAGAUGUUGAAAUGUUUGCUCUAAGGUAUUUAAACAGGAGAUAGUGUUACAUACAUCCAUAAACUCCACCCAACUUAACAGUGGAGAAGGCAAUUGGUCACUACAUGUGAGCAGCAUUAUUUCAGAGUCAUCGUGUGGUGGCUGGCUGAGAGAGGGAAGGAAGAGAGUGUGUGUGCCUGUGUGUGUGUGUGUUGCUCGGGGACCGAGGGACCAGGCUAGCUCCGGCGAUGAAGACGUACCUGAGCCAAGCCCUCUCUGACUUCUUCUUCGAGUACGAGACCCCUCGCCAGGUUCUGGUCAAGGACAGGAGGAUUGGAGUCGUGUGCCGGCUGAUCCAGUUGUGCGUCCUGGUUUACAUCAUCGGGUGGGUGUUCAUCUAUGAAAAAGGCUACCAAUCCACAGACACGGCUCUUAGCUCCGUCUUCACGAAGAUGAAGGGAAUCGCCUACACCAACGAGAGUGGCGAGCGGAUCUGGGAUGUGGGGGACUACGUCUUCCCACAGCACGGGUCAAGCUCCUUUGUGGUGAUGACUAACUUUAUCAUGACUGCUGGACAGAAGCUGGGCUAUUGUGAAGAGCCUAAUGACAUGUACAAGUGUAAGUCUGACAGUGACUGCCAAAAAGGAGAUUACAAACGUACGGGACACGGGCAGAAGACUGGAAGGUGUAACCAGACAACCAAUGCCUGUGAAAUAUUUGCAUGGUGUCCAGUUGAAAAUGACCACUAUAUUCCAGAUCCACCCUUGUUGCUGUCAGCAGAAAACUUCACUCUCUUCAUCAAAAACUCUGUCACCUUCCCUGUGUUUGAUGUAAUAAGAAGCAAUUUGGUGGAAGAAGUUGACUCCAGCUACCUUGCGAAUUGCACCUACCACAAGACCAAAGACCCUGUGUGCCCCAUAUUCCGACUGGGAGACAUUGUUGAGAUGUCAGGCUUUACUUUUAAAGAGCUGGCUCAGGGGGGUGGGGCAAUUGGAAUUCUCAUUGAGUGGACCUGUAAUCUUGACUGGGCUGAGCGUUACUGCAGGCCACUGUACCAUUUCUAUGGGCUCUAUGGAAAUGGAAAGGUGUCCAAAGGAUAUAAUUUCAGAUACGCUAAAUAUUACAUGGAAGACAAGAGUGAAAAAAGAACAAUUACCAAGGUGUUUGGGAUCCGGUUUGACAUUAUUGUACGAAGCUUGGCCAGGAAAUUUGAUAUCAUUCCAACACUAACAACAAUAGGCUCUGGUGUGGGCAUUUUUGGUGUGGCUACGGUAGUAUGUGACCUGAUGCUUCUCUACAUUUUACCAAAGAGAGAUUUCUUCAAAAACAUGAAGUUCAAAUACACUAUAGAUCAUGGAGAGGGCCAGACAUUGCAUCCAGACAAGAAGCAAAAGGAAGACGAGUAAGGAAGGAAAGGUGAUAGUGUAAUCAAGCCUCAGUGAACAACAUUGCUGGAGAUUCAUAUUCAAGUACAAGAAAGGACAGACGGGAGGGAGAAAGACGUUGCUCACAACAGAGAAAAGGAAGCUUCACCUGGGAAGAUUAAGCAGUGUUAAACUUGUGUAGACCUGUAUGUGAGUGGCAUUUAUUGAGAAAAGGUCUUUUAGUCCAUGGACGUUUGCUUUGUAUUUGAAAAGCAGAAAGUGUGUAAGUGAAGGAUAAACUUAAACCAUUUCACUAUGAGGCAACCAUCUUAUUACUCUACUAAAGAACAUUUUGGUGAGAUGGUAAGACAUCUCCUGCAGCACACUGAGAGUAAGAGUGCUUUGAGAGGAGUAGGCUAUAUUGCAAACUGUGGUUGCUGUCUCAUAUUACCCGUUUGAGUCGCAUCACGACUUAAACAAUUGCUCGGGACAGGUGUAGAAAGUGUUUUCUAGGAAGAUGCCCUCACCUGAAGUAAGUAAAAUAAAGUGCAGAUGUUUUAAUUA